GGUUCUUCAAAAAAUACACUUCUUACUGUCAGUGGGAUCCACAAACGUUCUUAUGUCGUGCGUGGAAGUAAGAUAGGAGUCUAUCAGUCCUCAGAAUAUGGAAAUAUUUCGUUCAAUACCUAUAUCAAAUCAAUAAGAGCAUCAAGUGGUUACGAGUUUACCCCCAGUUAUACAAUUCUGCACAAGAACGAAACAUCUCUUUUGAUGCUUACUCCUCAUGACAGCAGUCGAGUGUUUAGAAUGGAUCUUGAGUGUGGUAAAAUAGUUGAAUCAUGGAAGUUGGAUCCCCAAGAUACAGUGAUGAGUAUUGCACCAAGUUUCAAGAAUUCUCAAAUGUCAUCAGAGCAAUCGAUAGUCGGGAUUACGCCUACAACAGUUUUCAAAAUCGACCCUCGACAACAGGGGGUCUCCAAAAUCAAAGAAAGUGAAUAUAAGAAGCAUCUAAAACAAACAGAAUUCUCUGCUGUAACCACCACAGAUACUGGCAAAGUAACUGUAGCAAGUAAAAAAGGAGAAAUUCGACUAUUUGAUGCUCUGGGACAAACUGCCAAAAGUAUACUACCACCAAUGAGAGAUCCUAUUUACCAUAUUGAUGUAACUGCACAUGGGCGCUAUAUCGUUGCCACCUGUAGUACAUACCUUAUAGUUGUUGAUACAUUACACAGAAAUGACUCCAGAAAACGACUUGGAUUCGAGAUUUCCUUUGGGCUUGACGACAAACCAAUACCUUGGAUACUGCGACUCAAGCCAGAGCACGUAGUACGUAUGAAGCAGUCGAUAAAAUUUACAGCCGCACGGUUUGAUACAGGGCCUGGUAACGAAAAAUGGAUUGUGACAUCGACUGGUCUAUUUUCUGUUGUGUGGAAUCUCAAGGCAAUAUGUUCCGGGCAAUUGUAUGCCUAUACCCUCCAGAAGUUUGACUCUCCUGUUGUUGAUACCUGUUUUGAUCACGGAAGGUGUCAAGAUAUUGUUUUAGCAUAUGAAGAUGAUGUCCGAGUACUACCACGGCAUAAAUUGGCACCUGCUACCAGCCGUUUGUUUACUUCUGAGGGUAUCCGAGCUCGGCACUACAAAAACCCUGGAUAUGAUGUAUAA